UGCAACACUUCUAGACGGAGGAAAUUGUUCGUUAUGGGGGAAGUGACGUUUGUGCUGUAGUAGGUUACGCACUCGUUUACUACUUGAUAAAGUAUUUCAAGUUCUCAUUUUAGAACUUGGGACAUUACAUGAAAGGAAUUUUUAAGAAUUGCAACGAAACAUGGAUUACUACUCUGAUAAUUUUCCAAACAAUGAAAGUCAAAAGGGAAAGAACUACGGUAACCCCAGUGAAUAUCUGAGAGAAAGUGAAUAUCAAAGAGGAAAUAUUUAUGGAGCAAAAAAUGACUACCCAACAGGAAACUACCGCGCAGAAAGUGGUUACAAGGGAAAUGAGUAUGGCACAGGAAAUGACUAUGGCAGACGGAAUGACUAUGGCAUAGAGAACUAUGGCAGGGGAAGUGACUAUGGCACUGGGAACAACUAUGGUAUGGGAAAUUCCUUUGACAGGGGGAAGGACUACGGCAGGGUGAGUGAGUAUGGAACGGGCAAUGACUAUGGAAGUGGAAAUAACUACAGCAGGGGAAAUGAUUAUGGCAUGAGAAACGAGUAUGGUAGGGGGAAUGAUGGUGGCAUGAGAAGUGAUUUCGGCAGGCAGAAUGAUUAUGGGAGGGGAAAUGAGUAUGGAAGGAGAAAUGAAAAUGUUGGUGAAAAUGACUAUUACUCUGGAAAUGCCAGUCAGAGGGGUAGCAUGGGGGGAAAUGCUAAUCGUUUGACAGAGGACUCCCAGGGAGGAAGUGCCAGUCGCACAGGAAACUUUAAUCAAGCAGGAAGUGUCAUCUGUCCUGGAAACUCUAACCGCACUGGAAACUUCAGUAACUCAGGGAAUCCCACUCGAUCAGGGAACUUUAAUCGCUCUGGAGACUUAAGUCAGGCAGGAAACUCCAUUCAUGUGGAAGACCGCCUUCAUACUGGACAGGGCAGUCACUUGGGAAAUGCAACUGGAAACCGCUAUCGUAGUGAAAAUGAUUAUGUGCAAAAUGAAUAUGGGCAUGAAAAGGAAUCUAAGAAGGAGCACUAUGAAAAAGACACAGAGGAGGAUCAAGAUAAAGAAGAGGAACAGGAGUCUGAAUUUCGUUGCACAAUAUGCAAUAUAUGGUGCACCUCUGAAGAAAACCUUGAAAGCCACUUUGCAGGAGCCAAGCACAGGAAGAAAGUACUUCAGAUCAGUGGUGGUAAUGCACGAGAUAAAAAGAAGGAGACGUCUCGCCAGCACCGUCAACGUGAUGCUGCCAGUGCAUUGACUUUGCCUGUAAAUUUAAAGAAAGAUAAUCAGGACCUGUUUUUGGGAGAACAGCUCAAAAAGCGUGAAUCUGAACCUGUAGUUGGUCUUCAGUUUGUAAUUGAGUACCAGAAUGCAUCUGGGGAGCCACAUUUAUAUGAAUGCACAGUUUGUAAAUUUGCAACAGCUAUGUCAAAUAUGAUGGUCCAUUUGUUUAGUGUAAAACAUAAACUCUCGUACAUACAAUUGCAUUAUCCUGAAUUUGCAUCUGAUGCUGCAACAUGCAGCGUUGAAGAGUUGAAUGAAAAGGCCAGGUCUAUUGAGAAAAUGGAAGGAAGACAAUCUGUUCAGAUUGUUGCCAUGACAGCACCAGCACCAUCAGUGAUUACCAAAACAAAAAUUACAAAGCGAAAACGAAAGUCUAAAAGCAAGAAAAGAAAAUCAGAAACAGAUGCAAAGGAUGAAACCGAUGCAAAGGAUGAGGAGGAGGAAGAGGAGGAAGACGACUCUGGAGAUGGUCAGACAGAUACAGAUGAAAGUGAACACAGUGAUGAUAGUCAGAUUAAUGUGUCGCAGUCUGAUACAAGAGAAGAUGCAGCUGAGAAAAAGCGAAGUGAAGAUGUGAAUUUGGAUGAAAAACUGAAAAAAGCUGUUAAAACAGAAGCUGAAGAUUUCCUACAGAAAAAGGACCGUGGAUCCUCACAGAAUCGUAAUCGGUCAGACUCUCGGAAUCAUUCAAACUCCCAAAGUAAGGAUGUCACUCGAUUUGAAGCUUCACCACGAAAGCGCAAUGUCCAGGAUCAGGGAAUGCCACAAAGCUGGGAUCAACAAGACUCUAGAGACAUGCGAAACCAAGACACAGCAUGGCAGAACAGUUCCCAGGAGCAAGGAAUGUCACGGAACCGCAAUCUUGCAGACCCUCACUUUUCUGGAAACCAAGAUGCAACCUGGCAAGACAGAUUACAGGAUGAAAAUGCACGGAGGGAGGCAACAGUUUUAAAGCUGCUUAAAAGCAGAGCAGGCCUCUUUUGUUUUUUGAAAGCCUUUUGUAUCGAGUCUGAUGAUGAUGCUAGAUUUGUGCUGAAAGCUACUCAGAAUUUAACAGCAGCAUUGCUGGAAUAUCGUCAGAAAAAAAAGGAAUCUACUGUUCAGUCUUCUUCAGGUGCACCAGUUUCCAUUGCAGGCUCCCAGUACAGCAGUGAUAAGCAGACCAGAAAUCCUACCUGGGAUACACCAGUACAGCCUUAUUCUUCCAGAGAUGCUUCCUCUGGCAAUGUAGCCUAUUUGGAUGAAGAUGCUGGUCGGAAUAUUAACCCAUUGCUCCCUGCUUCUCGAUCUUCUGCAGCAGACAGGUAUGCUGAGGGUUUCCAAAGUCGUGUACCAGCAAACCAGUCCAUUCCAGGAUCUAGAGUACCAGCCUCAAAACCAGUACCAUUGCUUGAAAUAGAUACAAGCACAUUUCGGAAUUCUGAAUCCCGUUUCCAAAACAGCAGGGGUGAGAGAAGUAUGUCCGACACUGCUGAGUCAACAGGGUGGCAUCCACGGAACUGGAACUAAGAGACUUGCGGAUUUUCGUUGAAGUUGUUUUUGGAAACAUCCCAUACUUUUUAAAAUAAAAGGUUUUACACAGAUCCCUUGACAGGCUUUGCUAGGGGACAAGAGCAAUUGAAGCACAUAGUUUCCAUAUCACAAGCUGAUUACUUGGCUAGUAGUGUUUUGUCAGCAUUUAAUGUAUUAAAGGAUUUGAAUUUUCUUCUAUUAUGCAAAAAAAAAAAGUUAAACAUUUGUUUUCAUUUAAACCUCUCUAAACUGGUUGAAUGAUUUUACUGUUGUAUAUUUUCAUGUUUUAUUUGAAAUGUGAAUAACUUUGUUGUAUUAAAGUAUACUGAUAAGUGA